GGGGCGCCUGAGCCAAUCGGGGAGGUCGGCGCCUGGGCCCGAUCCCCGCGGAGGCGCUCGGCCGGGGCGGGAGGGGAGGCGAAGGGGCCCGGCCCGGCCCGGCGCAGCGCGGCUCGGCGGCCUUGCAGGCCGCGGCCGCCCGGCCAGCAUUUUGAGCUGUGAGAAUCAGUGAACGGAAACCAUACAGACACGCCCCAGAAACUCCUUUGGCUAAAGAGUUAUUGCGCUUUGAGGUGCAGCUAUGCAAGAAAGCAUACGUUUUGCUUCGUCAGGAGAUGAUGUAAAAAUAUGGGAUUCCUCAUCUGUAACUGUGGUGGAGCAGUUCAACCCACAUACAUCCCCACAUCCAGUCAGCUCACUGUGUUGGGCCAGUAAUAAUAGCUUCCUGGUUACUGCUUCUACUGUUGGUGAUAAAAUAGUUGUUUCGAGCUGUAAAAGUAAACCUGUUCCACUUUUUGAAAUAGCUGAAGGAGCGAAACAGACAUGUGUGAGCUUAAAUUCCAGUUCUUUACACAUUGCAAGUGGAGGCCUUGGUAACUCUGUUAAUAUCUGGGAUCUGAAGUCCAGAAGGCUCUACCGUAGUCUUAAGGAUCACAAAGAUGAAGUCACAUGUGUUACAUAUAAUUGGAAUGAUUGCUACAUUGCUUCUGGAUCUUUGAGUGGUGAAAUUAUUCUACAUAGUGUUACAACCAAUUUAUCAAGCACUCCCUUUGGUUAUGGCAGCCGUCAGCCUAUUCGACACUUGAAAUACUCAUCCUUUAAGAAAUCUUUGCUGGGCAGUGUUUCUGACAGUGGAGCUGUAACUUUGUGGGAUGUAAAUAGUCAGAACCCAUAUCAUAAUUUUGAAAAUACUCAUAAAGCACCAGCUUCAGAAAUCUGCUUUUCUCCAGUCAAUGAAUUGCUGCUUGUAACUGUAGGUUUGGAUAAAAGAAUUAUUCUCUAUGACACCUCAAGUAAAAAAUUAUUGACAACGCUAGUAGCUGAAUUUCCUCUGACAACAGUAGACUUCAUGCCUGAUGGUACUACUUUGGCUAUAGGAUGUUCCCGGGGAAAAAUCUACCAAUAUGACUUAAGAAAACUGACAUCACCAGUAAAAACAGUUAGUGCUCACAAAGGCUGUGUGAAAUGUAUACGUCUUCAGUUCAGUAGCACUUCUUCCAAGUCUAACCUUAAGGGUUCUUCAAAUAAACCUAUAUCCAAAAGAGUAGAAGUCAAAGCUGGUAGUAAUCAUGGAGGAAUUCAAAAUAUUGGCAUAAAAAAUAUGACUUCUCAUACAUCAGCAACAGUUUCACCCCAUCUGACUCUGCCAAAUGAGAGUAAAGGAGGAGAUGUUCUUCAGGACAAAACAGGCUUUCCUCGUAGUAGCAGCUUGGAUGUGAUUCCAUCUAAAGAAACAGAUCAUGGGAAAAGUACUGAUUUAAAUAAUUUUGAUGAUUUGGGUCGAAAUAGUUUAGGAGAUGUGUUUUCUCCAGUCAGAGAUGAUAUUAUUUCAUGUAAAGCAAAUGAAGAUCCUCCAGGAAAAGGAGAUGGUCUUGAUUUUCAGUCCUACCUUUCGGGUUUGGAUUUUCUCCCACAGCUCCCCACUGCUUUUCCAGUGAAAAGAAACCCAGUUGGCAGUAGUGCACAAGGGAUACGGUCUAGUCCGUUACAUGUAUUUGUGGGCUCUCCAAUUAAAGAAGAGGAAGAACAUACAAAUCCAGAGGCUGACACUAGGAAAUUAAAUCUUGGAAAACAAGAAUCUAUAGAAGCUGUAAAGCAGCUUUCAAAACUGAGCUCAUCAAGUGCAGAAUCUGGAACUUUAAGUCCUCCACCAUCCUCCACUGCAGUAAAGACUCCUGACACAAAUGAGAGAUUAGUGAAGAAUAUUCAGGCCAAUCUUGCAUAUGAUCUGCCAGUAAAUGGUACUACCUCAACAAGUCCAAAGAUAGCAUCACCUGUCACUGUUGGAGUUGCCAGUUCACUGUCAGAAAAAAUAGUAGAAACCAUUGGGAGUAACAGACCAAAUGCACCUUUGACAUCAGUACAAAUAAACUUCAUUCAGAAUAUGAUACAAGAAACACUGGAUGACUUCAGAGAAGCAUGCCAUCGAGAUAUUGUGAAUUUGCAAGUGGAGAUGAUCAAGCAGUUCCAUAUGCAGUUGAAUGAAAUGCAUGCCUUACUUGAAAGAUAUUCUGUAAAUGAAAGCUUAGUAGCUGAAAUUGAGAGAUUACGAGAAGAAAACAAAAGACUGAGGACUCACUUCUGAAAGAUUCACACUGCUAAUUUUAUUAGCAUGUACUUGCUACAUUUUGUUGCUGACAGAUCAUCCGUCAUCACUGAAAGAUUGUAUGAAGGUCUGCUAUUAUCUUGAACAUGAAUCUUUUCUUCUAAAUAAAUGGUGUAAGAUACUAUAUUUAAUUAUAAAUUUUGUAACAGAUAAACACUGUAUAAAAAUGUUCACAUAUUCACAGUAACCACCUUGAAAUACAUCCAUCUAACAGGAAAAACUAAAAGGAUAAGUACAUUAUCAGAGUUUUAGCAAUAUGUGAAGUGCCUUUUUAUGAACAAAAAUGAAUGAGGACAAAUACAUCUUCCAUAAGACUUUUUGAUACACCUGUUUUCCUAUUUGCUUCUUUAUUUUACUGUUGUCAGAAACAAUUAUUUUAGCUUGCCUUUCAGAUACUUUUGGAGAAAAAGUGGGGAGAAAGCUCAUCUUCUGUAUGCUAUAGUCUUGUUUCUAAGGAGCUGGAAAUUACAGAACUUUAUCCAACUGGCAACUCUUUUAUCCUGAGUAAAACUAGAGUUCAGAAAUAUUCCUGAAUUCAGUGCCAUCAUCUUGCUUAUAUUCAUAACUCUGAAAUGUGCUUGUCUGCAUGAGCUUUGUUGCUGCAAAUGCUACUUCAACUGCAGGAUGAAAUUUUUGUUACAACUUUAGUUGUGAAACUAGUUUUUUUUUUUUUAUUAUUUACAUAUAUUUGAAUAUUUUCAUAACUUGCCCAAUUUGAAUGUAACUUUAGACUUCAAAAUGUAAGUAUACUCAGCCAUUAAUAAUAUAUUAUUGUGUAAAUGGGAUCUUUCAGCCUUUGACUCAAGUAUCUUUUUCUUCCCCCUAAUUCCUUUGUAUUCAUAGUGGUCAAAACUUAAUAUACAACCAUUGUGUUGUAGUUCUGACUCUUGCUGUUUUAGCAAUACUGUAACCUUUUCCUUAGAUCAGCUGCAUACCAAAUCUAGCUAGUGUCUCAGCUGUAUGAUUAACAUAACAAAUGAUGUUGAAGAGAAAUCAUUAGUCCAGUAGCAUAAUGCUGCCAGACUUGUAUGUUACCCGUUUCUGAAGUGAAGCCCAGUAUGAAGUCCUGACUCAGCUGAAGUUCAUGGGAGGUUUGGGUUGCCCUUUAAUAGUGCCAAGAGAUUGCGCUGACUUCAACUGAAAAUUUCUUGAAAGGCCUCUGCUACAAGUGCUUCUUGCAGUUAAAUUCUUCCAGGGGCUUCUUAAUUUUCCCACUAAUACUUGGUGUGGGGGGGUUUUCACACAAAUAAUCAUUAAAACUCAAAAAGGCUGAAAGCGUGCUGAGUUAUUUAGCUAUGUCUAGUGUUUUAAUCCAUGAUGGCACUCUUCCACUAAAUGGCAAAGCCAUAAUAUGUAGUGUAACUUAUUUGAAAUGUUGUGAAACUGCAGCAAAACUAUUUGUUGAAAACUACCUUUUCAAUAUCUUUCCUAUAACUUUUUUUAAGGAAGGGACUGAUAACUUUAUUUUUCUAAAUGCCAGUCAAUGACAAAUAUUAUUCUUAUAUGAAAAUGAGGAUGUUCAUGUUGUCUUUAAUAUUAUGAACAGGAUUUAAAAUGUCUGCAGUUUUAUUGCCACUGCUUUCAUAAGCAUUUUAAAAAUAUUUCUAUAUCAUGUGUAACUAGGGUGAAAGGAAGCUGAGUAAGUUAAAAUUAUUUUUAGUAACUUAACACACAGUGUAGAGAACUCUUUUUUUGGAAGUUUAUAGGAUGUGUAAAUUGAACUGACACAUUGUUAACCACAGUUCUUCAAGACAACAGUAGUCGAAGGUAGUAAAAGUAUCUUACAACUCUUUAACAUGCUUUGCAAUGUUCACAAAGUAACCUUGCAUAUUUGCAUCUCUUGGUUUCUUCCCCAAGUGCUCUUGCUAGUAUACCCGGAUGACAGCAGGGAAUUAGACAAGUAUCUUGGAUAUUUGGCUUGUAGAUAAUUUGUUUUCUUGAUUCAGAACUGUGUAAUGUUUUUCUUACUUUCCAAAAUGGAGGAUAUUAUAGCACGAGUGAUUGAAAAAGACAUUUUGGCUUUUUUUAUGUUUUAAGUUUUAGGGCUUGUUUCCGUAUCUCAGGAUUACUGUAGCACAAGUGGUGACAUACUGUAUGGAGACACAAUAUGCUACGCUAUAGAGGUAUGUCUUGCCUGAUACACAAAUCUGAUUUGUAUGUUAAAAUAAAGUUUGUUUUAACCUUUCUGAACAAAAUGCUGUAGUAACCUACUCUGUAAAGAGAAUGAACUAUAUUUUAGUUGUGCUACCUCAUGGCAGGCUUCUUGGGCCAAAGAAUUUAUAGAGAUCUGCCUAGAUUUUUUUAGUAAUCUUUUUGCUGCUGCUGUGGCUUCCACCUAGAGCAUCAACUGCUUUUCACGGAAAUGUUUCCAUAGCCUCAUGCUUUUGGAGUAAAGAACAGAUGCACAGCUCCUUCUUCGAACUUGGAAAUUGCUACAGUCAUGACUGAGAUCAUGUUCACAGCUAAAAAUAAUAUUCGAGCAGAUGUUUGGGUGCAGGAGUAAUCUUGUCGCCUAAGAUACUGGUGAGUUGGAGAUCAUAGGACCUGCAUCUUCCUGAUACUUGAGUUAUGGAUACUUUUUUUUUUUUUUUUUUUUUAAUUUCCUUCUGUCAUGUGCAUAUACCUGUUGUCCUCUGAUGGAAGUGUGUUUGCAAUUACAAGGUAUUUAUGCUCUGAAAA